AUGGCAACAAAUAGUACACGUCAACUACUUCCGGAUGUAAAUGGCGAUGACCUCCCUCAUUUCAUUAAGAAAGUACUGAAUAAUAUAUGCGACUUUUACGAUGAACAGGACCUCAUAGAUGUAACAUUUAAGUUGUCAAAUCCGACCACUAUGAUUCCAGCACACCGCUUAAUACUAUCAGCGGCAAGUCCAUAUUUUAAAGAUUUAUUCAAAAGCGACAAGGGCCUAACUCCUGUUAUCGAAGUAAAUGACAUAGACAGUGACACCUUUGAGCGUUUAAUAACAUUUUGCUACACCGGCAAGGCACUCAUAACCAUCGAAAAUGUGGACGCAAUGCUGAAGGCAGCAAUAUAUUUGAAGUUGGAUGAAGCGGUUGUCGCUUGUGUUGACUAUAUUUUGCAGCAUAUAACUGAGUAUACACUGCAGCGGGCAUAUAGCUUAGAGCGUGAAACUCAGUGUGUACCACUGCAAGAGAAACUCUUGGAAUAUGAAGUAAAUAAUUUCAUGGAGGUGAGUCAUAUUGAGGAUAUUCAUGGAAACGCAUAA